UGGGAUGGCUCAGUGUGGUGAAGCCUGUGAACAUUACACUGAACUGAAUGAUGACUGGCUUUCAGAAUAUAAUAUAAAUGGAAAUUCAUACUGUAAUGGAGACUACUCCACUGAAGGCUGGUAUCACAUGUUUGUGGGACAAACCAGCGCUCAGAUUCCUGAAACUUGUGUCCAAGACAGCAGAUGUGACAGUUAUACCCGUUUACAGAUGACACAACCUCAUCCAACUCAAUAUAAUCAAACUGUAACACGCUCUUUGUGUUACAAUACUGGUAUUAACUGUUACUGCUACACCUCCUACGCUAUUAAGGUCAAACUCUGCUAUGAAGAUUUCUAUGUCUACAAACUUCAAAGACUGCCAGGAUGCAACACUGCGUAUUGUGCAGUUCCAAAUCACAGCUUCAGAGCAGCUGGUCAAGAUGAAACCAGCAUCACUCUGCGGUGGGACAAAGUCAACAACAGUGUCAGCUUUGUUCUCCUGUUUAAUGGAACAGAAACAAACAUCAGUGCUCCAGCUGCAGAUGACUCUGUAACUUACACAGUGUCAUCUCUGACUGCUGCAACUAAAUACACAUUCACUCUCUUCUCUGUGUUUGAGAACGUCAGAAGCAGUGGAAUCAGGAUUGAUGCAGUCACUGCUCCUCCAAAUGCAGAAAUAUUCAAUUUAAUAGAAAAAAAUGACACCAGUGUCACUCUGCAGUUGAGUAAGCCAAACUACAGUGGUUAUUUACUUGAAUAUCAAUUUAGUUAUCCUCAGAGGAUCUUUGCUGCAUCAGAUGCUGAUGGACCAGUAAUCUAUACAGUCCCAUCUCUCAAUCCUGCCUCUAAAUACACAUUCACUCUUUUCUCUGUAUUUGAGAAUGCCAGAAGCAGUGGAGUACAACUGACAGUCACUACUGGUUCUAAUCAAAGCUUUCGAGUAUCAGGACAAAAUGAGACCAGCAUCACUCUGCAGUGGGAUACUAUAAAGAACAGCAAUGUCAGCUUUAUCUUAGAGUUUAAUGGAACAGAAAUCAAUAUCAAUGCACCAAAUGGAGAUGGACCAAUCUUUUACACAUAUUCAUCCCUUACUGCUGGAACUAAAUACACAUUCACUCUCUUCACUGUGUUUGGGAACAUCAGAGGCAAUGCAAUCAACAUCACUGCUGUUACUGCUCCUCAAAAUCCCCAAAAUAUCAGACAAUCAGCACAGAAUGAGAGCAGUGUCACUUUACAGUGGGAUAAAGUGAACAACGUCAGCUUUGUUCUUCAGCUUAAUGGCACAGAAACCAACAUUACUGCCUCAAAUGUAGAUGGACCAGAAACGUAUACAUUCUCAUCACUGACGGCUCAAACUAAAUAUCAAGUUACUCUGUUCUCUGUGUUUGAGAAUGUCAGAAGCAGCGGACAACAACUCACAGCUGUUACUGCUCCUCAAAAUGCAAAAAGCUUUAAAGCAUCAACACAGAAUGAGACCAGCAUCACUCUGCAGUGGGAUAAAGUGAACAACAAUGUCAGCUUUGUUCUUCAGUUUAACGGCACAGAGACAAACAUCAGAGCUCCAGCUGGAGAUGGAGUAGUCAACCACACAGUCUCAUCUCUCACUGCUCGAACUAAAUACACAUUCACUCUGUUCUCUGUGUUUGAGAACGUCAGGAGCUCUGGGGUCAACAUCACUGCAGCAACAGUUGGACUGGACAUGGGAUUUAGGCCUUUUGGUCCAAUGACUGAAGCUGAAGUGCAGAGAACCAUUGAAGAGCUUCUCCAAAAAUAUGGACUUUCACCAAAUUCGUUGUCCAUAAAAGUUAAACCAGUGCAACCGUGAGACAAGAAGAGGAACGUCACCUGGAUAUUAUAAUCGUACAAGUUUGAGGAGUAAAAACUUGUAACUGUACUUUGAGCCACAUAAUAUAAAAAAAAGCUUGGUAUAAAGUGUUUUUUUUUAUUAGUGUUAAUAAAGCUGAUUAAUGUCAAACUUACACCAGUUUAAUCAAUUCACUUAUUUUCCUGUUCAUCAAAGGUCUGUAAGAUUUCUGAAUCUAAAUAUAACAAUGUUAUUUUUCAUUUGAAGGCAUUUGUUGUUCAUGUGGGGCUUGGCUUUUUUUCACAAUUAUUUUUAUCCCCAGAAUUGUGGUUUAAAAUACUGUCAAAUAAAAGAAUUUUAGAUAAACAAGUUUUACUUUAUGCUUCUUCAUUUUAGUUCAUCAAAUUUCUAUUAGUUGGUUUGAUAAAACUUUAUGUAAAUAAACAAGGAUUGUAUUUUUUUAUUUAAAUAAUUGUCCAUCCAUCCAUCUUCUUGACCGCUUCUUCCCUUUCGGGGUCGCGGGGUGCCGGAGCCUAUCCCGGCUACUGAAGGGCGAUUAAAUAAUUGUGUUCAGUUCAAAUAGACUUUUAACUUGACCCUAUGAAAAAAAGUUUAACUAAAACUUUUUCUGCAACAUAAAUUGAGGGUGAAGCCUGUCUUAAACUUUAUGAUGUAAACAUCACAAUUAAGCAUAAUGUCAGAAGGCUAAAGAAUUACUAAUUGCAAAUAAAUGCUGAAUGGUGCUUAAUCUUUGGGAUAAAGACUAAUUUUGUGAUGUAAUGUAAAGUGAAACAAUUAAAGUCUGGGGGCAGGACCACACCCCCACAUCCUGAAACACCAUUCUUCCAUACCCAUAUAGAAGAUAAUAAAAAAAAAAUAAUAAUAAUAA